AUGCCAGAAGCUGCUGCUGCCGAGACAAUGGAGGACCGAAUGGCUCCAGUAUCUGAGUGGUGCACCUGUGGUCACUGCAGCUCCCUGUCCCCUGUAGAGAACGUGUGUUGUAGGGAGACACCAAAGGUUAUGAACAGAUGUGAACAGGUGGGUGUGUACACCUGCAUUACUGACCAUCCGGGAUUUCAGCUUGUAGCACUGAACCCAUACGUGCUGCAGGCUGUUUAUGGGACUUAUGUGCAGCUCUUUGGUGAGAUGCCAGAAACAAUGUUGAACAGCCGUUACAGACACCUCGCAUACCGCAAUGUUGUAAGGUGGUGCUGGGGAUACCUGGGCCAGCACAUACGGGUGGUAAUACCAUCCUGCAUAGUCACUCGUAUCAGACAGGAGUUCCCAGAGGAUGGACUGUAUAGAGGAUUCCUGCCUCCACUGCACUUUUAAUAUCAAGGUAACAGUUGAUGCACAAAACCACAAUAAGAAUGUUAGGCAUUUUUAUUAAUGUAACCCAGUUUCAGUAGUAAGGCAUUUCAUACA